CAUAAAAAAAGUAAAUAAUAUUUGUCGUGACUUGGUGCUUUCGUUCGUGUUUUUUUUUUUAUGCCGUGUUGUGUGCGUUGUGGCUAGCGGAAUGAUGACGCCUCCUCCACUGCCUCUGACUCUUGCGCGCGCAUAGGCGAUGCAAUAAAAAUAAUAAAACGCUGUAAUCGGGCAAAGUAAAUAAAGGAACGGCAUCCACGCAUCAAAUCGAAACGAACGUACAUAUUUUUUUUUUGAAUUUGUUGCUUUUAGCUGUUGCUCUUUCGGUUUCGGCUUCGGUUUUGGUUUCGGCUUUUGUUUUCUGUUGUAGCUCUGUUGGUUGAAAGUUAAAGUGAAGUUCUAUUUGGCCCAGUUUGUGUUCUGGGGGCCACCGCGCGCGUAUACCAACUGCUGACGCUGCGCGUAAAGGCGGGCAACAGGGCAAUCGGGGGGGACGACGACGACGGUUCCCAUUUUGGAUGCCGUAUAGUGCACAGUGGGCCAGCGACGGUGACCAGGGCUAGGGCCAGGGUCAGGGACUGUAGGGGACGACCAUGGAUGACAGCAGCAGUGGGCGUACAUCGCUGGGGGACAGCGCCAGUUUGACGAACAACUCGCUGCACAGCGGCACCUCCAGCCAGAGCAUCCAUCAGGACGAUGGCCUCAUUCACGUCUACAACUACAAGAGCAAGGAGUUCGAUCGCUUCUCGCCGGUCAUGCUCUGCGAGGAGAUCUGCACGGCCAUGUGCCGCCAACUGGAGAUCCUGCCCACGGCCCAGCUGCUCUUCGGCAUACGCGAGCAUCUGGGCACACGCCGCUCUUCGCGUGCCCAACUCCUCAGCUACGGGCACAGCUGGGUGCUGCCGGGCGAGAGGCUGAGCUGUCAUAUCCGCUACUGCUUUCGCAUGCGCUUCCGCGUACCCGAGCUGGACAGCCAGCUGGACCGGAUAGAUGUGCACAGCCACGAGUAUCUCUACUGGCAGAUGCGCUUCGACAAUCUGCACGAGCACAUCGCCGAGAUUCGAUAUCCGGAGCACAAGGAGAAGGUGACCGGCCUGGCCGUCAUGGACAUGCUGAUCGACCUCAAGGAGCAGCAGCUGUCAGCCCGCACCAUCGAGAGCUCGUGCCGGCAGUAUCUGCCCAAGAGUGUGUGGAACGCGCACUUCUUCUUCGUGGGCCCCAAGAUCUGCGAGUACUUCCGCAAGCUCAGCGAGAACUCCAACAAUACUGCGGCCCAGCUGAAGUGGCACUACAUCCAUCAGAUCUGCCACCUGGCCCCCACCUACAUGACCGAGCAGUUCACUGCCGUCGUCGAUCACCUGCCCAACGAGGAUCCGCCCAGCGGCAUGGGCGGCCUGGUUGCCGGCGGCAGCCACAGCGGCGCCAGCAUGGCCAGCUCCACCUGCACAUCCACCACCACACUGACAACCGGCUCCAGUUCCAGCACCAAUACGCUCUCCACCCUGACCACCAACAACAACAGCCACACGGCCAGGAGCAGUGGGAAGCGCAGCAAAUCGCGCAGCGCCCAAAGCUCCGUCAUUGAUGUCUAUGUGAGAUUGUGGCCACACGACUCACCCGAGCCGGGACUGAAGGUGGCGCGCGUUACAUCAGAGGCCACGCUCAAGUGGAUUCUGGUGGGCGGCGUUGAAGGUAUAUUUAUGAUCUCAAAAAUCAAUGAUACCGAUGUGCGUCUGGAGAUUGUGGGCCUGCCCAAGGGUUAUGUGAUGCAUUUUCAUACCGAAAAGGAAAUGAAAUCGUUCAUCUCCUAUCUGGGCAUAUACAUCAGAUUAACUGUCAAAUGGAUGCAGGAUCUGUGCCAUUCGUAUCGCACACCAUCGCUGGAGGAGCUGGGAAAUCUCUGUUGCCAUGGCCCCAUCGGUGGCAAUUAUUCGCUGAUGAAGCUGCACGAGAAUGGCGACAAGUGCGGCAGCUACAUUGUCCGCCAAUGUGAUCGGGAGUACAACACCUACUACAUUGACAUCAAUACGAGAAUUACUGGUCGCAACACCGAUCAUGAACGCUGCAAAACGGAAACAUUAAAGAUCCUGCGCAAGGAGGGACAGUGGGUGCUCUACUACAAUGAGGGACAGCACACGUUUCUCGAUCUGCUGGAGCUGGCGCAGUUCAUACCGGCCAACAGUCCGGACCGCCUGCGUGUGCCCGCAUCCAAGUACGACAAGCCGCCGCUGUUGCUGUUGUGUUUGCCAAAAAAUCUGAAAGCCAAAAAGACUGACAUGGAGCUGAGCGAGGCGGAGCUGCAGCGACGCAAUCCGCAGAUAUUCAAUCCCAAAACGGAUCUGCAAUGGUAUCCAGACUCGAUAACACUCAGCGAGGAUGGCAUGAUGUUUACGAUGCGCGGCGACUGGAUACAACAGAGUCUGGUGAAGGAUGUGUCCGUGUCGAUGAAGAUGCUGAAGAACGAUGGCAACUUUAUGGAAUUUUUUAAGCUCGCCCAAACCUGGAGCCUCAUCCAGUCGCCGCAGUUCAUCAAGCUAUACGGCCUUACGCUCUCCGAUCCAUACACCAUGGUGAUGGAGUACUCCCGGUAUGGGCCACUCAACAAGUUCCUGCUGGAGAGGCGCGAUGCGGUGUCGCUUCACUGUCUGCUCGAUCUGAUGCACGGCCUGGUGCGGGGCAUACACUAUCUGGAGGACAACAAAAUAAUACACAGCUACAUACGCUGCAGUAAUUUGUAUGUGACCAAAUUUGAUCCAGAAAUGUCCAUGCUCGAUGCCAAGAUCAGUGAUCCCGGCUAUCCGCGACCAUACAACAAAUCUGAUUCGCCUUGGAUACCCGUCAAAUACUACAAGAAUCUGGAGGCGGCUAAACAGGAUCUGGGCACACAAUUGUGGGCCUUUGCUACGACCAUCUAUGAGAUAUUUUCACGCUGCCAGCGGGAUUUGCGAACGGUGCGGCAGGAGGAGCUGCUGAGCAAUCGCCGGCAGGAUAGUAACAUUUUGCCACCCAUCGAUCCAGAGCUGUGUCCGCCGCUGAUGUACGAUACCAUUAUGGAUGGCUGGAGCGAUAAUGCGGAGAAGCGAUUCAGUCAUCACGAUAUCUUCUCGCGUCUGAUUGCCAUUAAAUCGGAUAUACAGCCCAACUAUACGGUGGUUGCCGAACCCAUACCAAAUGGAACAGAAAUGCCAAAUUACAAUCAGGAUUGUGUGCAUGUUUUGGAUGUGAAGAAUAUGCCACAGGUGCUGCAGCUGGAUGAUUGCCGUGUGAUCUAUAGUCCACAGAAUAUUAUUGGCAAGGGCCACUAUGGCAUUGUCUAUCGGGGCACCAUCGACUACGACAAUCGGGAGCGCCCGUCCGAGAAUGUGGCCAUCAAGAAGCUAAACACCAUGCAGGUGACGCAGGACUUUCAGCGUGAAAUUGUUAUCAUGCGCAAUCUGGAGCAUCCGAAUGUUGUUAAGUUUAAAUAUUGGGACAAGAAUACACACAGCAUUAUAAUGGAGUAUUUGGAUGGCUCCUUUGAUGUCUAUCUACGCUACAAGGCACCAGAUUUGACCACAAAUCGAUUGCUACGCUUUGCCGUUGAGAUUGCACAUGGCAUGAAUUACUUGUCUGGCAAGGGUCUGAUACAUCGGGAUUUGGCUGCACGCAACAUACUGGUGGAUCGCAAGAGUCACAUUGACUUGGAUUGUGUGAAAAUAUCGGAUUUUGGUCUGGCGCAAUUUGCCAACUCUGAGGGCUACUACUAUGCCAAAAGCAAUCGGGAUAUACCCAUUAAAUGGUAUUCCCCGGAGGCCACUUCUACCUGUAAAUUCUCAUCGUAUUCGGAUGUGUGGAGCUAUGGCGUUACGCUCUAUGAGAUGUUCACACGUGGCGAAGCGCCUAAUCUAGUGCCGCCGCAAUUAAACCAAGAAGAUUUCCUCAAUCGUUUAAACAAGGGCGAAAGACUACCACAGUCUCCGGGCUGUACGGAUUUUGUGUACAACGAACUGAUGCUGGCCUGCUGGAAUGCCAUACCACGCGCUCGACCCACAUUUAGUCGAAUUAUAGAGAUUAUUAAUGCCGAAAUAGGUAACAGUGUGACGGGUACGGGCACGAGUAUAGCAACAGCAGCAGCAGCAGCA